AUGUCUACCCUAUACCACGUUUGCGACAAAAUCGAACAGCGCAUCAUCUGGAUCGACUGCGAAAUGACAGGAUUGAAUGUUGAGAAGCAGACACUUUGCGAAAUCGCCGUUAUCGUCACCGAUUCGGAACUGAACACCAUCGCCACUGGUCCCGAUAUUGUCAUUCAUCAACCAAAAGAAGUAUUGGACAACAUGGAAGAAUGGCCAAGAAAAACUUUCCUCGAGAAUGGGCUCAUGGAAAAAAUCAUCGAUAGCAAAUAUUCCAUGAAUAAAGCAGAAGACGAAGUGAUCGAGUUCCUCAAACUUCAUGCCCUUCCAGGAAAAAGUCCAAUCGCUGGAAACUCAAUCUACAUGGACCGACUCUUCAUUAAGAAAUACAUGCCCAAACUUGACGAAUUCGCUCAUUACCGGUGUAUUGAUGUCUCAACCAUCAAAGGACUUGUUCAGAGAUGGUACCCGGAUUUCAAGCAUCCAAGAAAAGCAUGUACUCAUCGGGCAUACGAUGAUAUCAUGGAAUCCAUUGCAGAACUGAAAAACUACCGAGAAAGCAUUUUUGUUAAACUGAACACUCCGUAG